AUGGCCUUUCACUGUCCCAUUUCCCCCUCGGCUUCAACCCCAUCAUCACCAUCCUCGGAGCCUAAUCAACAAUUCGCCCCUCGACGGCCGUUCAAUCCCAGCUGCCCUGUACGCGAGAACACCUACCACCUCUACGGUGUAUCCCUAGUCCAUGAGCCUGAGCUCAUCAAGGCCUAUGGCGGCGAUCGGGUCCAGAUAGAAUGGGUCGAUGAUGCCUCCUGUAACCUCGUGUAUGUUGAUGAUGAAGCGGCAAAGGCAUGUCUACUACCGCAAUUAAUAGGGUCGGAGCUUCCCCCUUUGGAUGGCUCGUGGGUGCCCUGUCGAGCCUUGGGCAAGGUUGGAGUGGGCUUGGGUGGAGAUAGGUCCUUCAUGCAGGCUACAGAGCUCCAGGUGAGGGUGGCUACUACUGCUGAUGUGAAGGACCUCCAUCACAAGGGGGAUGUCGACUCUACUUAUUAUCAACUCAACUGUGAACGGGUGGUAAGGAGAAAGCUGUCAUACCAUGGUCAGGAGUGGCACAGGAAGAAGCAAGAACGACGGGAUAACUAUAAUAGAGGCAGGUCGACAGAGGGAGAUUCAGAACAGGCCCAACAGGAGCCUACUACCACUGCUCCACGCAUCGGUUAUGAUGGAUAUGGCACGGCGGCUAUGAAUCCCCUGCUCUUCUUGAGAGCGUCUAAUUCGGCCUCUGAGGGCGCUGGGAAGGAAGACUUAUUGAGUAUGGUCAACAGGGCGGAGGCAUCUCAUGGCUUUGGGAAGGUUGAGGUACCCAAUGGGGGUAAAGGAAAGGGUCGGAAGAGGCAGAAUGUUGAGGGCACCAUGCGCUCAACUGAGGAGGACAGGAGGCAGCCCAAUCUCCCUAUAGCUGUCAUCAAGUUCUGUAAGAGGUAUCGCCUGAGAUACGAGGCGGUGAAGUUGAGGAAGACUUACCGAAGCAUAUCAUUCGGACAACAGAAGUCGCUGAAACACGGCGGCCCCCCUGAGGCCCCUCCUUGGGAGGUUUACGUGAAGGCCAAUGGGCUGGAGGGGACAACGCUGGCUCAUGCGGUGUGGAUAUCAAUCGGGGACUGGCAGAAGGAGGAAGGGAUGGAUAAGCUACUGGAGAGGAGGGUAGUGGUAUUGGUGCCUCAUGUACCGGGUACGGGGGUGUCUUUGGAGAUGAUUUCGGAGAGGAGUGGUACGGAGGCUAAGACGGUGUCGGUUUCUCACAUGCAAAAGGAGUUGGGGUUCCCUCCUAUGGUGUGUCCACCAUUUGGCCAUCAGUUUUCCCCCAACGUUGUCAAAGCUGGUGUAGAUCCUUCCACUGUUAAACCUCCCAAAAUCUUCAUCAGUGAAGACCUCAUCGCCUCCCCGAUGGUUGUGUUCGACCUCGGCAACAGCGCCAUGAAGAUAACAGGAAGUCAAUUGAAACGGUUGGUCGAUUUAGGAGGAGAUAGUGGCUGUAGUGCGGUAUGCUGCGGAAAAGAUAUCUUGGUUAAAAAGACGGCAUGA